AUGGGAACCAGUGAGAGGGUUGAGAGCCUGCCUUCCAGAGGGAGGGACCUGUUCCAUUUUGGUGAGAUCCCAGAGGGGAAGGUGUGUGGCAGAAUGAGUGUCAAACCGAAGACCUCAGCCGGAAUCAUCUGGGCUCCUUUUUCAAAAGGACAGGCACGGCCAGGAACGGAAGAAGGGCCGGAAGCGGUGAAGAAAGCUGGCCUGAUUAAGAAACUAACAGAUCAAGGGUGUGAUGUUAAAGAUUAUGGAGCCUUGCACUUUGAUGACAUUAACGAUGACAGACCAUGUCAUAAUGCGAAAAAUCCCAGAACUGUUGGGCGUGCAAACGAGAAGCUAGCCAGCGCUGUGGCAGAAGUGAAGAAGGAUGGAAGAACCUGUGUGGUAGUUGGCGGGGAUCACAGCUUGGGAAUUGGAAGCAUAUCUGGCCAUGCAAAGAUUCACCCUGAUCUUGGUGUAAUUUGGUUUGAUGCCCACACUGAUAUUAACACUCCAGUGACAUCAUUAUCUGGGAACAUGCAUGGGCAGCCUGUGGCUUUCCUGCUAAAGGAACUGAAGGACAAGAUGCCUGAUAUUCCAGGAUUCUCGUGGAUAACCCCGUGCCUCUCUGCUGAAGACAUUGUGUAUAUUGGACUAAGAGAUGUGGACGAUGCUGAACACUGUAUUCUGAAAUCUCUGGGUAUUAAAUACUAUUCCAUGACUGAAAUAGAUCAACUUGGGAUUGGGAAGGUGAUGGAAGAAACACUUCAUUAUUUGCUGGCCAAUAAGAAGAGACCAAUUCACCUAAGUUUUGAUGUUGAUGGCUUGGAUCCCUCUCUGACACCAGCUACAGGCACCCCAGUUCCUGGAGGAGUGACUUUGAGAGAGGGUAUCUUUGUAGCAGAAGAACUUUAUAGAACAGGGUUGCUAUCAGCAGUAGAUAUAAUGGAGAUCAAUCCAUGUCUUGGGAAGACACAAGAAGGAGUUGACUCAACGGUCAACACAGCUGUUUCAAUUAUCUUAUCCUGUUUUGGUAAAGCACGUGAAGGUUCUCAUAGUUCCAGCUACCGUAUACCCAAGCCACAAAAAUCCAUCUGAACAUAUACUAUUAUGUUCCAAGAAGUUUUUCAGUCCUAAAGUACACCUCUACCCCAAUAUAAGGCGACGCAAUAUAACACGAUUUUGGAUAUAAUGCGGUAAAGCAGCGCUCGGGGGGGGGGCAGGGCUGCGCACUCUGGUGGAUCAAAGCAAGUUUGAUAUAACGCAGUUUCACUUAUAACGCGGUAAGAUUUUUUGGCUCCCGAGGACAGCGUUAUAUCGAGAUAGAGGUGUAUAAUAUUUUGUUAAUGACAGUUGCUUACUGAAUGACUUUGGUAACCUCAAGCAUGAAAAUAAGCUUUUCAUCGAAGCUCAGACACUAAUGAGACAGUAAUUCUCGCUCAUGCUAAUGGAGGCUGGUGAAGUUAAGUGUCAGAUUUGCUCAUGCUGUUUUCUACUUUAUGACAAAUUCUAAAAGUCAAGUCAAACCAUUUAUUACCACUAUUGCAGUAAAUUACAUUAUUACUUCUAUUUACUGACCCUGUUUUCGUUGCUCUCUAUAAAGUUCUUGGUUCGUUAAAAAGAAAGUGGACAUUUUUCUUAUGCACUAAACUAAGUUUUCUGGAAGAGAUUGCAAACUGUUAGUACUAGAUAAUCCUUCAACAAAUUUCUACAUGCAAAAACAACCCCCUACGUAGUAAGUAACAUUACUUUAGCUCAUCUUCUGCAUUACUAAAACUUGAGUCAACACAUCUAACAUGUUAUCUUACAAAUUAAAAAGAAAUUGACAUUUUAAAAUACCAAGUAACUGCAUUUGGGAAGUAGUUUUAUAAUGGGCAUGUAUGUUUCAUUAUAAAUGAAAUAUUAAUCAACAUUAUAUUGAAAUUUUGCAGACAGACGAAUAUACAGAUGUGCUCUAGGCAUUAUUUUGGGGAAGUUCUAUUGCCUGUGUUCUACAAGAGGUAGAUCACAAUGAUCACAAUGGUCUCUUCUGGCCUCGGAAUCUAUGGCUCUAUGAAACCAUGGAAUGAGAAUGUACCAUGUGAACUCCCUCUGGUGGCUAAUAACUAAACUGAACUUCUUCCAGAGUCUGAUCUCAGUUGUCAGAUAACUUUGGCAUUACAGACAGUUAUUCGAGUGUUACUAGAUGAGUUUCCUCUGAUCAAAUACAUUAUAUACAAAAAUACCUAGGGUGACCAUAUUUCCCUAAGGGAAAACAGAACACUGUGUGAGGUAGCCCGAGUCCCUUCCCCACUGCCCCCCCACUGCUCACCUGAGCCCUGCCUCCCCCCCUGCGCAUGGGGCUGGCAUUGCUGUUCACCCCCUCCCUCCCCUGCAUGUUCCUCUGUACCCCACCCCACUUUUUUGACAAAAGUGGGCAUGUGUCCCAUUUGCUCUUGAGAAUUGAUCAAGCUGGCAAAAGCAAACAGGACACAUGCCCACUUUUGCCAAAAAAGUCAGGACAGCUGGGCCAGGGCUUAAAAAAGGGACUGUCCUGGCCAAAACAGGACAUAUGGUCACCCUAAAAAUACCAGAUCGUUAAAAACAGUCAGCUAAAUGCAUGCCUCUGCAUUCUCCAUGCUGCCUCCUACACAGAGAACAAUCUCUCAAUUCUUAUGCAUCAGGCCCUUCUUUCACCUCCUGCAAAUCUGAUUAUUCAUACCUGCUGUGUUUGUCACAAACAUUAACCCAUGCUGCCAUUGCCUGGGCAGCUGAGGGUCUCACCUUCAGUUUUAAACUCUACGAUCAGCCACCCAAAUGUAGGACUGAAAUUGUACACAAACUAUGCUUUGCUGUGAUAGUCAUUUAAAGCAUGAACAAAAAAGCACAACUUCUAACCUAGAGCAUUAGUCCAAAGUAGGCAACAUUAGGCAAACAAUCAUUUCUUUUUAGACCACUGGUGGUUAAGAUAAGAGAUUAAAGGACUCUCACAUCAAA